UUAAAUAAGAUUAUAGCUGUAAAUUAUCUUAAAUGAAAUUGAUUCCAAGGUACACAGUUCUAAAACAGUGUGUACUCACUGUGAUUGCAGAGGUUUAGGGGGUGGCCAAGAGGGCACUGUGACAUUUUAUAUUGAAAUACUGCAAUGAAGAGGUUAAAUUGAACAAACUGCAGGGCAAUACUGUGUCGCCAGUGUGUCCUAACAACGCCUUUACCCGAAGCUGUCUGGGGGAACCAGUUACUGCUGUUAAUAUCUGCACGGAGAACUUUCCAGAGAACAUCCUCACACUCAUGGUUCCGCCCUCCCCUCCGCGGUGAGACUUGCAGGGUGAGUUAGCUGCUGUCAGCCGGUUAGGUAACUUCACCGCUGGAGUCAACUGCAACAAGUUGUCAUUUGGCUACACAGAGUGUCUGGAUUGCAGCAUCAAGUGCCCUUCUUACAAAAAGCCAGAAGCAGUGGUGCGAGGCAAAAGGCACUACCUGCCUUUCCGGACGGUGCUGUUUUGGGAGACUACAGUGGAGCUCAGACCGGAGAAGAGACUGAGGCGGUGGAGAAAGCAUGUCUACUGACGGAGAGCCCUCGUUUGGUGUGAAGCUCCUGCAGCUUCUGCUCCUUUCCACCUACUGGGGGAUGCAGAUUUGGGUCACCUUCAUUUCAAGCUUCGUGAUGGACAACCACCUCAACAGACACACUUACGGGUUCAUUCAGAGUCGCCUUGUCCCGUUCUACCUCCACCUGGGUUCAGCCUGUGCCUUCUUUAACCUCACCAUCUACGCUGUGUUUCAUCCCAGUGACACCAUGAAUGACAGAGAAGCCUUUCAGAUCUUCGUCUUCUUCGUGUCUGUGACGAUCGCGGCCGUCAACGCUCAGUGGUUCGGCCAGAUGACAUCAGAAAUCAUGGCGGACAUGCAUCUCAUUGAGCAGGCGUGCGGGCUCGGUCAGGACAUCGGCCUGUCGUCUAAUCGCGAGGCUUACGCCAAGCUGUGCGAGACGGAUGUCAAAUACAGACACCUGAGCAACCGCCUGUGGCUGUACAGACUGCUGUCCUCUCUGUGUAACCUCUGCUGCAUAGGCUGCAACUUCCACAGUCUCUGCUACAUGGCUGAGAACCUUGUCACGCUGUAAAACUGCGGCAUUACUCACUUGAAUCCAGAAACACUACUCUUUUGUAUCGGAGCCGUAAGUUAUAUAUUUAAUUUGUAAUGUCUUUCUUCCUCUGUGUGCCUGUUAGGGAUGAGAUGAAAUGUCAGGUAAGCCUUGUUCUUGUGUUUUGGGGAGUAAUGAAAGGGAACGGCCUCACUCGGUGGAACCUCAUAGAGAUGAAUCAGUGACUGACUGCAAUGAGCAAUGCUUCACCUUUCACCUAAUCAGGCUGAUAGUGGUGGAAGCCUUGAGUUUCCCCUUCACUUUUAGCUUUACCAUCACAAUAUGGUGUCUUGCAGUUACUCAAAACAAGUGGGAUGUUUUUGAAACUUUUAUUGUAGCAGAAAAUAAGCCAAAGCAAUGCACCUUUUUCAGAAAAGAAACAAACAGCACCUUUAGUGAGGAAACUGCUGCUGUGCGUCUCUCUCUUGCUCUUCAGGUUUGGGUGUAGUUUUAAUACCUUCUUCACAUUGUCGUGUCACGGGUUUCUCUGGCUUGCCUUACUGAGCAUAUGUGUGCAUGCUUCACAUUUCAAAGUCAAUGAUUGUACUAUUUUUAACUGUCCUUUCCCUGCUGGUAUCAAAAUAGAAGGGUUCAAAUAUUCUGAUUGUGAUAUACCGUCAAUGAUACUUUUAGCUCGUCCAAAAAAGUCCGAGCAGUCGACCCGCAGCUCUGUUCCCACAAUGAUCUGUGUGUUGUUGUGGAAGACAUUGUAGGCGUUCUGUAGGUGUCCAUUUUGGACAGGGGUCAGCAUUACCAGUUUUACAAGCAGCAAACCUAGUGAAAGAGGCAGUGAUACUGAAACUAGUUUGGGGCCGUGUUUGUUGGGAUGGUUGAAAGUUUUGUUCAGAUUUGCUGAGUUGAUGUGGGCCUAUUUAGACUAAAUGUCUGUAGUAAUAAUAAUAAUAAUAGAACGGAUCCCCCAGAAUGUCACAGUGAGGCUUUUUUUGACACAAAUUUUGCGAUGCUGUGCAUUAGGUUUUGCAUUACAAUUCUUGUAUGCAAAAGAUUUCGGAAAAGGGAAUGUAAUCAGGCUUCUUUUUUUAAAAAAAAUUAACUUUCCAGCAGUGUAUUUCGUAAUCUAGUAAGCAGCGUACACCUUGUGGAUGCACACAAGAACAGCUGUGGGCACAAUGGAUGCAUACGAGGGUAUUUCACAAAGUUCUGGGCCUCGCAUGUAGACAAGAGGUGUAAAUCCAAUAUACAUAACUGUAUAGUAUAAAGCCUUAUAUCACUGUCCACUAAAACUCAUGUGGGAAGCAAUCAAAGAAAAAAGGAAAUGUUUAAACGAGCAUACUGUUGCUCCAGGACAAUGCUCCAGUCCAUUCAACACAGGUGGCAGAAGCAGCCAAAUGGAACCUUCUGACUUGUAAAAACCUUUGAGUUUUUGUAGGCAUUGAUAUCAAGCUUUAUAAUGUACAGUUACGCCCCAAAAUAGGAACUACCCCCCCUUGUUUCUGACCAUCUGUUUAGCUGUGAUGCGUGCUCUGCUACAUGUGCUGCAGACAGGGUUCAGAGUGUUGUAAACAGUGGAGUCAGGCUCUGUUGGACAAACUAUGCAAUUCCACCAUUUCUGAAUGAUCCCAAGCAUCGUUUUCUUCAGCGAUAAAACUUCAUAUCGGCACAGCAGACAUCAUAUAUUUAUUUAUGUGUUUUCCAACCCAACUAUUUAGCAUGUUCUUGUUGUAUUCCAGUGUCAGAGUUCAGGCAGGAAAUGGAAGAAAAAAAAUGCCACUCUGACCUUUUGUGGGCUGUACAGGAUAGUCUGGUUUUGACCUGAAUGACGUCUCCGCGUUCAGCGGUUUCAUUUAACAUCCCAGCAUGGCCUCUGUGUGUUUUUGUUCUUGCAAUGCGCCACAAAGUCAAACCACGAUUUGUAGGUAUCGGUGAAGGAUUUUAAAGAUACCGUAUCUUAAAUUCCUCGAGUUUAAAAAAAGAAAAAGUCAGAUAAUCUUUGAGGUGUACUCAGCAGAGUUGUGGUCUGUGCAGGGAAGUUCUCAGGCUGUAGUCAUAGAUGUCUUUGAAUUGUUGUUUGUUGCAUAUAUUGAGCGAAGAGGUUCAGUUCCAUCGUCUCUCCAGUUGUCUUUUUGAACAUACUGACUUUGUGUUCGGCGCUCUCCUGCCAUAUUGUUGUUACUGCUGAGGUGAAGCUCUUUAGUCAGUGUUUCUCCUGUUUUAUUAGCAUCCAUUUGGUUGGUCUACCUAUAACCAUGUUGGUGUAAAAACACCCUGAAACCCUUCUUUCUUCUUCUACAUUUGUUCAGACUGGACUAAUGAAGGUGCUUAAUAUGUGCAGUUACUGGCAAAAACAAUGCAAUAUUAAUAUAGUAAACUGUAUAUAUAGUAUUUCAUUGAUGUUGCUUGUAAGCUCAGCCAGUUUAUAUUCUAAAUGCAAGCCAUUUGGUUUCUGUGUAUGAACCCAAAAACUGUAUUUGGAUAUUAAUUUUAAGCAUGCUACAUUGAUUUGUGGAUAUUUAUGUCAGUUGCUUGAGAUAAUUGGGUGAAGGUUAUAAUCAUUAGUGGGGCUAGUUUAUUAAUGAAUGUAAGUGAAGACCAGUGAGGUCAGAUGGUAGUAGUUGUGUGUCAAACAGGAUGUCUUUUUGUAUUAAAUGAUGUUUUCUAUCAAUUCA